AUGGGUAAGGAGAAAGAGCAUAUCAAUAUUGUCGUUAUCGGACACGUCGAUGCUGGCAAGUCCACAACAACAGGCCACCUCAUCUACAAGUGCGGCGGUCUCGAUAAGCGUAAACUUGCUGCUAUCGAAAAGGAAGCUGAACAACUCGGCAAGUCCUCCUUCAAGUACGCCUUCGUUAUGGACUCCCUCAAGGCUGAACGUGAGCGUGGUAUCACAAUUGAUAUCUCCCUCUGGAAGUUCGAAGGCCAGAAGUUCUCCUUCACAAUCAUUGAUGCCCCAGGACACCGUGACUUCAUCAAGAACAUGAUCACAGGCACAUCCCAGGCUGAUGCUGCUAUCCUUGUCAUCGACUCCACACUCGGUGGUUUCGAAGCCGGUAUCGCUGAACAAGGCCAGACACGUGAACACGCUCUUCUUGCCUUCACACUCGGCAUCAAGCAGGUCAUUGUCGCCGUCAACAAGAUGGAUGACAAGACAGUCAACUACAACAAGGCCCGUUUCGACGAAAUCACAGCCGAAAUGACACGCAUCCUUACAGGCAUCGGCUACAAGCCAGAAAUGUUCCGCUUCGUCCCAAUCUCCGGCUGGGCUGGCGACAACAUGACAGAGAAGUCUCCAAACAUGCCAUGGUACAAUGGCCCAUACCUUCUUGAAGCCCUCGAUUCCCUUCAGCCACCAAAGCGCCCAUUCGACAAGCCACUCCGUCUUCCACUCCAGGAUGUCUACAAGAUCAACGGUAUCGGUACAGUUCCAGUCGGCCGUGUCGAAUCCGGCACAAUGAAGCCAGGCAUGAUCGUUAACUUCGCCCCAUCCACAGUUACAGCUGAAGUUAAGUCCAUCGAAAUGCACCACGAAUCCCUUCCAGAGGCUCUUCCAGGUGACAACAUCGGCUUCAACGUCAAGAACGUUUCCACAGCUGAUGUCAAGCGUGGCUACGUCGUUGGUGAUACAAAGCGUGACCCACCAGUCGAAUGCGCUUCCUUCACAGCUCAGAUGAUCAUCUCCAACCACCCAGGCAAGAUCCACGCCGGCUACCAGCCAGUUUUCGACUGCCACACAGCUCACAUCGCCUGCAAGUUCGACAAGCUCAUCCAGCGUAUCGAUCGUCGCCACGGCAAGAAGGCUACAGAGAACCCAGAAUACAUUCAGAAGGAUGAUGCCGCUAUCGUCGAGGUUGUCCCAUCCAAGCCACUCGUCGUCGAGUCCUUCCAGGAGUACCCACCACUCGGCCGUUUCGCCAUCCGUGAUAUGAAGCAGACAGUCGCUGUCGGCGUUAUCCGUUCCGUCAACAAGAAGCCAAACCCAAUCAAGUAA